AUGGUUUUCACCAGCGAUGACGAGAAACACAUCUCGCCGCCGUCAACAUCACACCACACAGUGGAAGAUUUUGGCCCUGACGACAGUUUGCAAUUGAGCGCUACCCGACUGCUACUGAGGACGCUGACCAGGUACGCUGUCAACGAGAUAUAUGGCGAAAAGGACGAAAACCGCCUCCACAUGCGGCGUACCAAGACCAGAGAGACAAUACUAUCGAAUUUGGAGGAUCGCGCUAACGCUGUGGCCAAUCUACCCGCUGAUGGUGAUCUUGACGAUGCCCAAAAGCAGAUUGAGCAGCGUUACCAAAAUACCUACGAAAACAGAUUGCCGGAGGAUGGCGAGGAGUUCGCCGACUGCGACCCCGAGCUUGUCACAUGGGACGGCGACGAUGAUCCCAAAAACCCGCGGAAUUGGUCGAAAUUCCAAAAGUGUUUGCAGACGUUUUUUGUCGCUGCGUAUACGUUUAUCUCGCCAAUGUCAUCAACGAUGCCCUCUCCCGCCAUUCACCGCAUUGCCCCACACAUGGGGUUGGACUCAGACUUUCUCCAAUCGUUUUCCGUUUCGUUCAUGGUGCUUGCGUGGGCGUUGGGCCCCUUGUUAAUUGCCCCACUUUCGGAAUCACCACGAAUUGGCCGUGCGCCAGUGCUCCAAGUAUCGAUUUGGAUCGCAUUUGCAUUUAACAUGGGUUGCGCAUGGGCUCCCAACGCUGCAGCAUUCUGCAUCUUUCGCUUCCUCGGGGGCUUAGGUGGGUGCUCUCCACUUAACGUCGGAGCCGGUUGUCUUGCCGACUACUGGGCCGAUACCGAAAGAAGUGUCGCCAUCGGGGUGUACUCUUUGGCGCCGUCAUUGGGACCAGUGCUUGCUCCCGUGAUUUCAUCAUUCAUUACUGACUACGCCGAUGACUACCGGUGGGUUUUCUGGGUAUUAUGCAUUUUAAACUUCGCCGUAGCCGUGGUUGGUGCUUUCUUUCUCAAGGAGUCGUAUGCUCCCAAGAUUUUGGGUGACAAAGCAAGAAAGCUUAGAAAAGAAACUGGCAACGAACACUACCGUACCAUCUACGAAAUGUCGGAAGUGACAGGCCAGUACAAGUGGGAAAAGUGGGUUGACAAUUUGACGAGACCGAUUAUCCUUUUGACAACGAACAUCUUAGUGUUGUUGCUCGGGUUGUUCAUGCUGCUCGUGUAUGGUCUCAUGUACUUAAUGAUCGUUACGUUCCCCGGCGUGUUCCAAGGCACCUAUGGUUGGCGUAUCGCAAAUUCGGGGUUGGCAUACUUGUCUAUGGGGGUUGGGUUCAUAAUAGGAGUGGUAUUUUGGACAUGGGCGGUCAAUAAAAUAUACUCGCAUAAGACCACUCAAAACGGUGGCGUGGGUAAAGCCGAGUACCGCUUGCCAUGUCUUAUCGCAGCUGGCAUUGGCGUUCCCGUGGGCCAAAUCUGGUAUGGAUUCUCAGCUGCUCACCAUGUGCAUUGGAUUAUGCCCAUGAUUGGCGCCGCCAUUUUCGGGUUUUUCCUUCAAGCUGUGUUCUUAUCUGUUCAACAAUUUUUGAUCCAAAUGAAUAACAGAUAUGCUGCACUGUCUAUUGCGGCUGCUGCAGUUUUUCGCUCUUUAUUCGGCUUUGCAUUCCCGUUAUUCGCAAAAGAUAUGUACAAAGGUUUAGGUUAUGAUUGGGGAUCAUUUCUUUUUGCCAUGAUUUGUUUAGCGGCGGGCGUGCCGUUCCCGCUUUACGUUCUCUUCCGAGGAGAAAAACUCGUUGAGAUGUCAAAUAGACGUAUGGAUAGAAGGCAAGCGAAGAAGGAUGCGAAAUACCUUGAGAGAGCAAGAAGAAAGGGCUUGAUUAGCGACGAGGAGUACACCUCUUCAUCGAACGGAAAAACAUAA